CAGCAGCAUGUCAAACAUUUGGUGUCACUAUCGGAAAACACAGGGAUACAAACAAGACUCCACUUCGUAACAGCAAAGGUAUAACCUCGAGAAAAGCGGUGGAAGCUCGCCGGAGCAUGGUGGUCGGUCCCCGGGGCCUGUUGGGAUGGAUGUCCGGUAUGGGCUGUAGACUCCUGCGGCGGGACUGAAGAGGAUGGGCCCAGUGUCCCAGUGCCUGAGGAGAUGUCUUUGGGUCGGCUCCUGCGGCGUGCCUCCUCCAAGGCCUCCGACCUCCUGACCUUUAACCCCGGGGCUGGGGGCUCAUCUUUACGCUCAGGCCUGGAUGGCGAGAUCAUCUUCUCCAAAAAUAAUGUUUGUGUGCACCCUGCAGAGCCCCUGCCUGGCCUGGCAGAGCACCACCCAGGUUACUUGUGUGUUCAUGUGGAGAAGGAUGAGAGUCUGGGCACUACCCUGAUUCUGACUUGGGUGCCCAACUCCCGCAUCCAGAGGCAGGAUGAGGAGGCGCUACGCUACAUCACCCCAGAGAGCUCCCCUGUACGCAGGAACGCACGCCGCCGAGGCCGAAGACCUCACUCCCGACCCCCCGCAGUAGCCCAGGAGGAAGAGGAGGAUGAGGAGCGGAGCCUGACCAGCAGCACCUCUGCAGACGGACACACCGUGGUGGUAGAGACAGGAGCAGAUCCGUCCUCCCACCAACAGCUUCCCUCAGCGGGCGAGGAGGGCGACGAGGGCUCCUGCGAACUAUCGGAUGAAGUGAGUCGCGACAGCACCAUGGGGUCGGACUCAGACACCUUCUCGUCCCCGUUUUGUUUGUCUCCAGUCAGCGAAGCCCUCUGUGAGAGCAGCGGGUCUGUCUUCCUGGACAAUGAGAGCAGGGAGCUGUGUGAGGAGUCCAUGACCCACUCGGCUAGCUCCGCCUCCAGCCUAGACAGCCACGCCCCCUCCGAGAACAGUGGCCAAUCACAGGUGGUGCGGUGGGAAGAGCAGCAGAAGGUGUUGGCCCUGGAGCAGUUGUGCGGUGUUUUCAGGGUGGACCUGGGUCACAUGAGGUCACUGAGGCUCUUCUUCAGUGAUGAGGCAUGCACCAGUGGCCAGCUGGUGAUAGCCAGCAGAGAAAGCCAAUACAAGAUCCUGCACUUCCAUCACGCUGGGUUGGACAAGCUGGCUGAGGUCUUCCAGCAGUGGAAGUGCUGCCGGGAAACUCAGCUUAAAGACCAGGUCUCAGAUGAGAAAUCCUGCAUGCAGUUUUCCAUCCAGAGGCCCACCCUGCCGUCAGCUGAGACCCACCCGGAGGAAAAGCUUUAUCGGCGGCUGGAUGUCACCACCUGGCUGCGUCACCUCAACCAAAAUGGACAAGUGGAGGAGGAGUAUAAACUACGCAAGGCCAUCUUCUUCGGCGGCAUCGACCCAUCCAUCCGCGGCGAGGUGUGGCCGUUCCUGCUGCACUACUACAGCUAUGACUCCACCUCCCAGGAGAGAGAGGCCUGGAGACUACAGAAACGUACCCACUAUCAUGACAUCCAACAGAGGAGGUUGUCUAUGAGUCCAGAGGAGCACAGUGAGUUCUGGAGGAAAGUCCAGUUCACAGUGGAUAAAGACGUGGUGAGAACAGACCGUAGCAACCACUUUUUCAGAGGCGAGAACAACCCCAAUGUGGAGAUCAUGAGGCGAAUUCUGCUCAACUAUGCAGUGUUUAAUCCCGACAUGGGCUACUGCCAAGGCAUGUCUGACCUGGUGGCCCCCCUGCUCACUGAGAUCCAGGAUGAAAGCGAUACCUUCUGGUGCUUUGUCGGCCUCAUGGAGAACACCAUUUUCAUCAGCUCGCCCCGUGACGAAGACAUGGAGAGGCAGCUGAUGUAUCUACGGGAGCUGCUACGUCUCAUGCAGCCGCGCUUCCACCAGCACCUGACCAGGCUGGGGGAGGACGGCCUGCAGCUGCUCUUCUGCCAUCGCUGGAUACUGCUGUGCUUCAAGCGAGAGUUCCCCGACACGGAGGCUCUGCGCAUGUGGGAGGCCUGCUGGGCGCACUAUCAGACAGACUACUUCCACCUAUUCCUGUGCGUGGCCAUCAUCGUUCUCUACGGCGAGGACGUGACGGAGCAGCAGCUUGCCACCGACCAAAUGUUACUUCACUUCAGCAACCUCUCCAUGCACAUGAAUGGAGAACUGGUGCUCCGCAAGGCUCGCAGCCUUCUCUACCAGUUCCGCCUCCUACCCAGGAUCCCAUGCAGCCUACAUGACCUCUGUAAACUGUGUGGCCCAGGGAUGUGGGACAGCCGCUACAUCCCCACUGUGGAAUGUUCUGGAGAACACCCAGACUCACAGAGCUGCCCCUAUGGAGGCACCUCCACCCCACAGCCCUCCUCGCCCUCCCCAUCGUCCACACCCUUGCCCUCACCAAACCCCACCCCGACGCCACCACCGGAGGGCAAGAAAGGCUCCAAAACCCGGGACAUUUUCACCUUCCGGAAACAGUCCUGAGGUGGAGGUUAUGGGACUCUUUAGAUUUGUUUUUUUUAUUCUGUUAGUACAGCAGGGUUUGGAUCCAUGUGCUGGAUUCCUGAACUGUUUGCCGCCCCUCUACACAGACCCUCCUCCUAGUUUUCAGUCACUAUCCGACUGAGCAUUUUUGUUAUUCGAUCCUUUUUUGUGGUGCAGCGUGGAACACUGCCUUAUCAGAAUGUUGGCGGCGUUCAGAAUCGCACAAAUCUGCAGUAAGGACGAUUUCUGUGUUUAGGCCUCGGUUCAAGAGGCUACAUUUCUUUUGGAGCAGAAGAGACAAUCACCAGCCAUUGUGUUGGUCUGGAGCAACCUCAGGUUUGAGUCUGUUGCUGGCCUGGCAUACUUCCAACGCGCUUUAUGGGCAGGGGUUGCAUCAGGGUCUGAAGCAACCAACCGGCCUGGAUUUGCACAGACUCGAACCAAGGGUCGGAUAAAACUGGAGAUUCAUUCACAGGACUUGAACGUGAAGUGCUCACAAUUGAAUAUUUGUGUGAAUAUCAUAUUAUAAGUGCAUAUUUCAAAGCAGAGCAGGUAUUUUUAACAUGAAAUCUAAACCCUUAGUGACGACAAAGAAGGGUUAACCUACAAAUAAGAUUAUAAAUGAAUAACUGAUGCUGUUAAGUUUGUUUAAAUUACAUUUUUCAACAUGUCUUAUCAGCAGUUACCAAUAUUUAGCAAUAUAAUAUCCUUGCAUGAAGCGAUUCUUUACAUAUAGAGGGCACAACAUGUGUUUUGAAGAGCAGGUCUGAAUGUGUUCAUAUGACAAAUAUUCACAUCAUGAUAGGGCUCCGCAUAUUUCCUCAACAGGUCAUACAACAAAACAAUCUGAUUUCUUUCUGUUUCUAAAUGUGUUUCCCGACUGGUGAGAGGAAGCGAGCCGCAUGUUUCCUCUUGAUAAAGUCAGACUGAUGUUCAUGUUACCUGUUGAGCAAUAGGAGAUUUAGCAUUUACACAUUACCAUCAGGAGAUCUAAAUGAGUUUCCUGUCUGAAACUCAUUUACAUGUGGCACCGUAGUCUGCCACAAAGCUUAAAUCAUGGUUUUGUCCUGACAAAAAAUUGAUGGCUUUCUGUUUUACUUGAAUUUUUUGUUUUUUUUGUCUUCUGUGUUGAACCGUGUUUAGACAGAGAUGUGAAAAAUCCUCAGCACAGUGUACUUUUUUUUUUUUUUUAUCCAGCAUUCUCUCCACCUGAAAAUGAAUGGAAAUGUCAACAAGGCACUAUCAACACUAAGAUUCAGUCCACAUGAAUGUAUCUGCUGUUUGCUUCUUUUCUCACUCAACAACAGUAUGAAACUAUUCAGUUUGUGUAUUUGUGUGUGUGUGUGUGUGUGUGUGCGUGUGUGUGUGUGUAUAAACUGGAGUGACCUCUAAACAUCUGGUAAUGAGUUGGAGAACAGGCAUAGACAGCCUCCCCCUGACCAGUCCCUUAAAUUAUAGCAGUCAUCAGGAGGAAACCUGGGACAGAAAACAAGAAAGAAAAAACUGAGUUUGGACUCUUCACAGAAAAAAAAAAAAUACAGGAAAUAUAAAGAGGAGACUAUCUUAUUGGACCAUUUUUGAAGUGUUUGACUUCUGUUCAGGGAUGGGAUACACAGUCUGCACGAUGCUUCUGUGAUUUGCAAAUCCCAGAUGUUACCACCACUCAGAGACUUCCCCUGAGAGCGUGAGUGACACUCCUGUGGGUGAAAACAUCUUGAAAUUACUGCUGAAAUGUAACAUUUAAGACCCUCCAUCAGGUUUCCUCCUCCCUCUCUUUCGCUCUCCCACUGCCUCUCCUUCUCUCUUGUGGUCUCUCGCUCUCUCACUCAGCGAGCAGUCCCUGCAAAUGACAUUCAUAACAGCUCCUUUUCCUAUUAGUUAUCAUGUGCAGCUGCUCGCUCAAAAAGCCCACAGAGUUUGGGAGAUUGGGCGGCCGCAUGAGAGUGAGCUAAAUCAGAAAUGCCUAGUGGGAAAGUACCUUUGCGUGUGUGUGUGUGUGACUAGAUGAACUCAUGAAUAUAAUUUCAGUGAAUGAAAUUAAAUCACAUUGUCCUCACAGACACUGCAAAUCACAAGCAUAAUGAAUGACCACCCCAAUUUGAAGGGGUUGGGAUCAGUCAUCACUGAAUGUACAACGUUGCUGUUAAACUCCAUUAUACGUUGAUGUAUUACUGUGCACAUCACAAAGUAAGGAGCCUAUUCUUACUCUUGGUAUUAAUAAAAAUGCACUCAUACUUUUGUGAAAAAUCUGUAGGUGUCUUACUCAACACCAAAUUGUAAAUUAACAGGAAAUGGGAUAAUUCAACUACAGUCGAGUUGGGAAUUACACACUACCCGUCAGGUAAAUCCAGGUAUCUGUAUUAACACGGUCACAUCCUCACCAUCACAGUAACAGUGAAUGAUUCAUAGCAAACCAAAAAACAUUCAUGGCAUUAAACAUUUAUGGUAAAUUAUAAAGAGUUAUGCUGGUUGUAAAAGAGGGAUUUUUUAAUACCAGUAAUAAAAUAAUGAAUUAAGUACA